CCGUCACUCUCCUCCCGCUGACUAGCCCUAACGGCGAGCGAGUCGCCGACAAAAAAAAGUUUCUCGCCGCUUGAUGACUGAACGCCUGCUCAAGAUGAGUUGAUGCCGGCCUCGACCGGAAGUUUAAUAAAGCAUUUGACAAGGAGGGGAUGCCUCGCGCGAUGCCUGCUACUUCUGUGUUGACGCCGUCUUAGCGUCGGACGACCGUGUGCGCGUGUGUGUGUAUCGCGGUUUCGGCGAUUUGUCAUUUCCUGCAGCGCAGCCCGUCGCUUGCGCCCAUUUGUGGAAAUGGCACGACAAUUCGCGGAGAACAUGAAGCAAAAGCAUCAUAUGAAUGAAAUACCUCAAGUUUGGAAGUCUUACUUGUACCAACUUCAGCAAAAGGCACCAACACCAAAGAGGAUAGUCUGCAAUAAAGAGGUGCCUAAUCGUCCCGCACAUUAUGGAAGGGAAUUUCACGGGAUCAUAUCUCGGGAGGAAGCAGAGCGGAUGUUGCAAGAAGGGGAUGGCUGCUAUCUGGUCAGAGAAAGCCAACGUGCUCCUGGUCAAUACACACUAAGCUUAAGGUUUGGAAAUGCGUGCAAGAACUUUAGGUUGUAUCACGAUGGAAUGCACUACGUUGGGGAGAAGCGCUUUGCAACACUGCAAGACUUGGUGGCUGAUGGUCUCAUCACAAUGUACUUGGAGACGUACGCGGGCGAGUACAUCAACUCCAUGUGCGCCCAGUCGCGAUACGAGGACAGCCCAUACAUGACGCUCCAUUCAUACCAGCGGCAGCUUCGUCAGAAGCAGCAGCAGUCACUUCGCAUGCGCCACCACCGACAGCCACCGCCUGCUGCUGAGCAAGAGAGCCACGAGUAUGACAAGCCCGAUGAGGAGCUUGAUUGUCCCUUGCUAGAUGGCAUCCCCGAAGAUAUAAACGUCCAAGAUUUUGAGAAACCUCAUGCUUUUAAGGUAAAUAACUUCAAAGGCCUUCCUUGGUGUGACUUCUGUGGCAACUUCAUGUGGGGUCUGAUAGCCCAGGGUGUACGGUGUGAAGACUGUGGCUUCAGUGCACACAAUCGGUGUUCAGAGAAAGUGCCAAAUGACUGCUUGCCAGACACCAAGUAUGUCAAGCGGGUCUUUGGGGUGGACCUGACUACCCUGGUGAAAGCACACAAUACUCCUCGACCAUUCGUUUUGGAUAUGUGUAUCAAGGAGAUUGAGCAGAGAGGUUUAGAUACGGAAGGCAUUUAUCGUGUAUCUGGAUUUAGUGAUGAAAUAGAAGCUUUGAGGAUGUCAUUUGAGAAAGAUGGAGAAAGUGCACCAUUGAGUGCAUCAGCAUAUGAAGACGUCCAUGUAGUGGCAGGUGCCCUAAAACUGUUUCUGAGGUUGCUACCAAUACCGCUGAUCACGUUUGACAGCUAUACAAAGUUUUUUGAUGCAGUCAAGAGCAACAAAGUAGAGGAGAAGCUUGAAGCCAUGAAGGAAGCAGUAAAGUCACUGCCACCUGCCCACUACCAGUCAUUGAAGUAUCUCAUGAGUCAUUUGCAAAGGGUCUCGGAGCACCAGAAGAAAAACCUGAUGUCGCCAAAGAACCUGAGUACAGUGUUUUCACCGACAGUGAUGCGGACGCCCGACAUCAUGGGCAUGGGUCUAGACCAGAUGAGUGCCUGGCACACGGAGAGUGCCGUUGUCGAACUGCUCAUCAGCUAUAAUCGGACCGUAUUUGUCCAGUAGCCAGCCAUCCGGGAGGCAGCUAGCCACACACACUCUAUGAAAGGUUUCCCACCCAUGUGUCGUGUGCCCAUCCACCAAAGAGUUUAUCAACUGGCGCUGUCAUGAACUAACACAAGUCUGUGUCUGCGUCUAUCAGCCCCUUUGUCAGUCCAAAUCGACCAACUGCGAUGUCAAACGUGAGCUCGGAUCUGCAAUUUGGUUCAGGGAUGUGGUGAUAUCACGUAUCUUUAGAGACGCUUGGUUUGAGUGGUAGGACAUCUUCGUGAAGCACUGAGUAUUGAUUUAUAGUUUGCAGGUCAAAACUUUCCUUAGGCCAUGUUUGUAUGGAGUUCAUAAUAUGUGAAGAGUUCCAGCGUACACAUGCUUUGCGCAGUGCGUUUUUUUUUUUCUGCUGGUAAUGCUAACUGGUCUUUACGGACUGAAUGGGGAAAAUUUUGCGACCACUUUUUCAAAGCAAAAAGCAGCACUAAGACAAAGCAUUUUAUUUAACCUACAGUGGUACAGAUAUAGAUCAGAAUAUCCGGCAUUCUUCCAGCCAUACAGUUGGCUUUGUGGUGUUUUAUGUUCCGAGUUUGAAUUAAUUGAGGAAAGUUUUUUAUUUGUAAGAAAAGUCUGCUUCAGUUAUAAUUGUCAUUGCCAAGAGCCUCCUCUUCUUUAAAGCCAGAAUUGUUGCUUUUAAUUGCUGUACUUGCUACUGAUGUUGAGCUCAGCCAUUUUACUAUAGCAGCAGUAACAGGAACACUGUCGCCAUUUCAUUGCACAAGCUGAAAAUGAGUGCCUCGCACAAAAACGCUUUCUUCAACUUCUGAUGGCAGAUAUCUCUGCGUUUUGUAGUGAUCAGCAACCUUGCACAUCUGGUAUGAAACAUCUUAUAUCUGUAUAUGAGGCACAAAGAAGUAAGGUGUUUUCUGGGCUUAUCAAGUUGUAGAAAUGGCACUGCUGACGGACUGCUAACCACAUUGCACUACUUGUUCUUCGUUCUACAUGUCACCAAGGCUGAAGUAAUGCAACAAUUAUAUUUCAACUCCACUCAUUUCAUGCUUCGUCAGUGAAAGUAUGCUUUGCCUAUAUUAUCAGCAGAAUGAGGUAAAGGAAAGUGAUAGAUAAAUGUUCAAUAGAAUUUAGGGGAAAAAAAGAGGGGGGGGAUUGUAUAUUUUUGCCAAGCUACUCAAAAUGAGACUUUUCAGUUGAUGUUGUUUAGACACAGCACAGUAUUGAAAUAGGUUCUAUGGCAUCAGUGUGACAGUGGUAGCAGCAAAUUGUUCUCUGAACCAUGGCUUGUGCAUUUCAUGCAUGCAGCUUUCAUGAUGCUUGCAACUUUUACGGCAUGCAUCGUAAUGGGCCAUAUAUGCACAAUGUUUUCAUGUUCACUCACUGAUGCCACAGUGCAUUUGAAUAAUACUGAAAACAAGUCCUUGUGAUGUAAUGGAGUUCUGCAUGGUGAUACUAAUGAGUGUUGACAUGCAAAGUACUUCAAGGAAGAAAGCAUAAUUGAAACGUCAGGAGACUUGUAGGAUAGAUACUUGUAGGAGACUCCUGGGGCAAAGGUACAGCAACAUCUUUUCUUUUUAUGUCUGUUGUGUUCAGUGGUGGUCACGCACCACUACAUGUGCUGUGAUGUGGUUGGUCCUGUUGGAUGCCCUAGUAGGUACUCUCUUUGUCCUUGUGGUAUGGUUUAAGCCACGGUUUACAAGUCUUUGAUUACUGUUGUGAAUGCUGCAAGAGUGAGGGGCCAGAAAGACAAAAUCAUUGUUUUCCUUGUGGUUUCUUAGGCAACAUCUUUGAAUGAAACAGCACAAAAGAAAGACGGUCCAGUACACUCUGUUUAAGACACACUUUGCUAAUUCUCUGGCCAGAUGGACUGCAAAGGUGUCGCUUUCUCUGUCUCUAUAUUUUUUUUGUACCCCAUAAAUUGAACUUUCUUUUGUUGACAACAACUUCCUAUAAAACAGAACAAAUUUUAAAAGCUUUGUUCAUGUUUGUCUUGAAGGAACACUGAACACGUGCAGCAAGUUCAGCUAGUGGGAUGAACUCGCCUUUACCAGCCAAUCAAGGUUCAUAAGGAUGACGAGCUCUCCUAGCAGUGUCUACGAAACAUUUUUAGGUUGGCAGUAAAUAAGCGGGAAAUAGUUGCACAUUUUCGCAGUGGUGGUGUCACUUGUCUGUCAAUUUACGUCAUUUUCUCACUCACCGAAGGCGUGCUGUCAUCAGUGCUCUUGCAAUUGUUUUGUUAUUUUAGAAUGCUAAUUUUAUGAGUCAAGCUGAACUUCAUUUCUGCCAUUAGUUUUCCUAGGAGUACUGUACGCUGAAACGGUGUGGCACAUGGCUUCAUUUUUGAUGUUACAUCACUAAUUAUUUUCUUUUCUUUAUGGCAUAUGAGGGAUGAAACUCACUUAUGAAACAUGAUUUUGUAUUAUUGAAUGUGGAAUGUGCUGCUGUCGCUGAAUAUUUUGAAGAGGUGAACAAAUUUAUCACACCAUGCUGUGGAAUGCAUGCCACUGGAUAUUAUAGGCUGGUCAUUAGGUUACCUUUUUAUACAGCUGGAGUGUCGUACAAGGAUGGGAUUGGCGUGCAAGUUGUAAUGCUACUUAAAUGAAGCACACUUACAAUGACACUCAACUUUAUCUUCAGUUUGAAAAACACCUUUCAGUAGAUGUGUUUGUGCUACAUGGGAACCAGAUGUAACUACCAAAGCCAGUUGCAAAGGGUUGUUAGCUGAUUGACUUCAUGAGGUAUUAGAUACAAGUGGCCAUGCUGUCAACAGUGGCACAGGCCAUACUGACCAUAAAUGGCUGCAGUAGGUAAAUAUUACUCGAUUCCACAACCUUCAAGGUUGCUCCAAUCAGACAUGUAUGAAAGUAAGGGUAAUUGUCACUUAGGUGACUGCGGCUGUAAAACACUGUAUCAGUGAUGAUGAUGAUGAUGAUGAUGAUGAUGGGUGGGCAUUUGGGCAUGCUGCUUUGGAAUCUCAGUGCCUCAAAGGGAGUUUGUCGUAAUUUUAAACAAAGAGGCAAUUUUGAAAAGGCAGGCCCUUAUGUACCAAGUAUAACUGAAACAAACUGUAAUACCUUCAGUUAAUAAGCUAUCAGCGGAAGUUUAUAGUUUAAAAACACCUGUACAUGAGGUUUUUAUGUUAUAUCCCAAGAUUAUCUGCAUUCAUGCUUGCGUCUUAGCUUUUGGUUUCACAUUUUUAGGUGUAUUCUUGGUCAUAUUCUUUCACUUGUAGCUUCCUUUUUAUGGGAUUCAGGGUAAUAUUACUUAUUAAUAAACAUUUACGUAGUCUCCAUCAGAUGCUGAGAAAAUUUGCGACAUCAUGAGUGAUAGGUAGAAAAAAUUUUCACAAUCACGUUAAGACUUCUGUCUUGUCUCGAUGUCCAUCCCGGCAUGCCAAAGCUCCACUCAUGCUAGGACUGACCUGAGAACGAUUUCAGAAAUGUGCAUUUGAAUAUGUUCCAUUGUUUUAGACAGAAUACAGUACUUGUGAAAGCCCGAAAUAUCUGUGACACAGUUAUCAAUAGCCCUUUUUUCAUAUCGAAAGUUGAUACAGUUGAGUUGUACCACCACAUCAAAAUUUUAUUGUGCGCUAGCAAAUCUAGCAAUUCUUGGAAGCCUGCAUAAUAAAUACAUAGUAAAGCAUUUAAUGAUAGUACUUAGUGCACUGUGUGCAAUAUUUGUGCAUUAUCAGUUUUGGUCAAGCUUAAAGGGUCAGCACAUGGUAACCUAUAGUUUAUUCAGGUAAAAUGAUUUAAAUUACAGGCAGGCAUAGAAAUGGUUUCAUUUAUAUAUCCUCUUUUAAGAUAUAUAUAUAGCUUCCAUAUAUAGCUUCCAAUUUUUUUUUCAGAAGUGAUCUGUGACUGCAAACAGAUGCUCUGUUUUAGUAAGCGCUUACGGCUCAUGCUGAGUGGCUACAAGUAUCUGCUGCUGCAGAGCACUGGUUUUGACUUCUGGCUGUUGCAGCUAUGUUCCUAUGAAGCAGUGCGCAAUAAUGAGCGUGUACCACAGUUUCAGUGCACUUUGGAAAACUCAAAAUAGCCCAAAUUAAUCUAGAGCCCACCAUUGUAUGGCCUUCGUAAUCUCUGUUGCUUUGGUUGUUACACCCAACUGCAAUGAAAUAUUGGACUGCGUAAAAAGCCUGUUAAAGAUAGUGUAGAUAGAGGUGCCUCUGUGCAAGGUGUUGUGCUGGGAAUAGGAGUGGAAGCAUCACAAAAGGCUUGCAAGAAUAGCUGUUUUUGAUACUAAAGCUCAAAAACAAAAGAAAGCUACCAUUACUGCUUGCUGGAAGUGACGCUUGACCUAGCACGCGCGACUUGUUCCAUGACGUCCAUGAUUGGGCAACGCCUGCGGCUGCCCAUUUUAUGCUGAAAAAGCUUGUAGGUGAUGUUUUCAGAUUUACAUUGUAGCCACUAACCACCAGGUGCGUGCAUUGUCUGCUUAAGUACCGUUUAGAGGCUGCUAAUAAGAAAAUUAUACAGCUGCCAGCUCUGUAGAUUUGCCAAGAUUGCUUCAGUGGUAUAUAUACUGCUCAUUAAAACCUAAUAAGCCAAAGUGAAAUUUCGUUGCAGUUGGCCAUUAAUCAAACAGGCAUUACCUAUGAUUUGGGUAAUUAGCAGUGAAGCAGUAAUGUGCAGGCACCACGCAUAAGUUUGUCAAGUGACAGUGGGCCUUGAUAAAGCUGUGCUAAGUUUCCUUGUUUUGGGUUGCUUGUUUGGCUGUAAGCGGGAGACUGGGUUUUGAGGUGAGGCUUUUCAACUGAAACACUUUUGCUUUGUGGUGUUGAGGCACAUACUUAUCAGUGCUGUCAAUUUUUGAAUCACACAUUCAUUCUGAGGGGGGGGGGGGGGGGAAGGGGGUUGUUGAAGCUUCUAACCAACAUUGUGAGUACUAAUUUUGCUGUUCUGUAUGUAGAUCGAAACAGUGAGUUGGGCAAGUUCGUAGAUUAACAUUGUCGAUAUCAAAAGGAUCAAAUUGUAUUUUGGGUAUCAAAGUCCUUGAUGUAGGCCGUAAGUUGUGGUCCUUUCACAUGUUUCUAUUGGAAAAACUCUAGUUGAGGUUAUAACUUGUUUAAUAAUAUUGUGUAGUGCACUUUUGAACUGAGUCAUACCGCUUUGAUAUGCCAGUGUUGCUAGAUCACAUUGAAGUGGGGACUUCCCAAAGAUUUUAAGCUCAGACGUGAUUCUUGUAUUAAAGCUUAGGGUGGUGUUCUUGCAGUAUAUUUUUCAUAUUUAGGGGCGUAGUAUUUUUUGCUUCGUGGAUGAUCUCUUGUUGAUCAUAUUGUAUUGUCAACUGUGCACUGUGGUUUCAGCCUAUUUGGCCAAUUCUUUAAACGAUACUUGCGGUGCGUACGCUUUUGCGGGUAUUGUCUGAUUAUGAUGUGUGAGUAAUAUGAAUCACGAAUGCUUUACAUUUUUAUGGGACUGCAUUUAGGUCGUGCUUUGCUUCCCAUUGCUGAAGUGUUUUCCUUCUAUACAAGCUUCAUUUUCUAUACUAUGAAUACGAGGUGCAGUUAAAAAAAAAAUUAGUUCUCGUCAGUGUUGCUUGGCGAGCAGUAGCAGUGUCCUGUUAAUUUUGUGUUUCUUUUCUGUUUUUGCUCAUGAACAGGAAAUCGGGUCUUAGCAGUUCCUUGGGAUAAGUGUUCUUUUUAAGCGAUAUGAGUUCCUUGGAAACUGUUUCAUGUUUGUGUUUUCUUCGCUUAAUAUGUUGAUUUUGGAGAAGCCGGGCCUUUGGUUCUUUGGCUCUGCAACUUUGAUUUUGGAAAACUAGCAGAAGCUUAGCAAUACUUCUGGUGCAGCAUUUUUUGCCAAUUUUAGUGCAAAACUAUUUCAGUGACAGACCAGGAGCACUGUCGGAUGUUUUAAUGGCAUAUCAAGAGUAGCCACUGAGCUGAGGUCGCUAAGGAGAGGAACCGAGAAUGCUCUACCAAAAUUUGCGGGGUGAACUGAAACUUUGCAAGGUAAACAUUUGGGCAUGUUGGAGGGAGAUCCCAAGAGUACUCGCAGCAUAAAAUGAAAUGUAUCUGUAAGCGAGAAACAACACAACACUGAAACUUCUUGAUCUUAAGUAAUUUGGGAACUGGUUUAGUACCGUGUGAACUCCCUUGCCUUUUUGUUUUGGUGGUGGAUUCAUUGUUCCAGUUGCAGAUUUUGAGAAUUUGGUCAAUGCUGGGAAACGGUGAUCAGCUCCAGAGUUGGUCAGUUGCUCUCAGUCUGCCAUUGCAAUUUGACAUUGGGAGCUCUGGAAUUCACAAUGCUCUUAAUGCACUGCGACUUCAAGAGGGGCAGAAAUGGAGUGAUGCUCUUUGUUAUUUGGCAAUGAUGUUGCGAAUGCAGGCCAAGAAGUGAACCAAUUAUUGCUCUAUAACUUUGUGUCUUACACGCUCAAGAUGUUUUCACUACAAAUGUGAACAACAUUAUGUGUUCCACCUAUAUUCUUUAUCAAGUGUCGUGAUGACUUUUUUUGUUUAUCUAUUUAUAUCCUUAGGAAUGGUGUCUUUUUCUCCAGUUUUCCUUGUAGUAUUUUUUUGCUGAGUAUAUAUAUAUAUACAUAAAUUAUUUAGCAAGCUCGAAGAAAACAAGUCAUACCUUGACGUAGUUGUAUUUUGUGACUGAGGGACUCCUUUAAAUUCUGUUUAGAUGCUUUAUUUCUGUUAAGUGGUUAUUUGCGCAUGUAUACUGUGUGAUGCACAAUUAAUUUCUGAUGUGUAUUUACGAGUAUUAACUGUGGCGUGCGUCAUCAGAGUGCCAGAAGUGUGCGUUUAAGAGUGUAAUAAUUUAUAUUCCGGUUCCGCCGCAUAAUGCAUAGAUGUUAUUUGCUGCACAGUGUGAGUUUUAUUUGACAUUUCUCAUGCCGGUCAAUGCAUUCCAAUAAAACAAGUUUUUUUUUGUAUGCCGA